AUGGCACAACGACAGCAGAUCGACAAAGCCCAAUUUGCCCAAUUUGAAGCAAUAUAUCCAGAUCUCAAGGAGCUCCUCCUCGACCAUGCUAGGUUCUACAAUCUGCCUCCAGGAGACCUCGAAAUAUUAAAGGCUAAUCUAGAAAGCAACCUCCUCGGCGGAACAUACGAUAGCGGCAUGGUUGUUCCCAGUACCGUCUCCGUUCUCAUCGGUGCAACCCUUGGCAGGGAACAAUAUAAACAGGCAGCAGCUCUCGGUUGGAUAGUGGAACUGCUUCGGGCUUCGUUUCUAAUGUCUGAUGAUAUUAUUAACGGCAGCAUCAGCCGACGAGGCAAGCCAUGUUGGCAUUUGCAGAAAGGAAUUGGCCUUACAGCCAUCAACGAUUCCAUGAUACUAAAGACGAGCAUAUACUAUCUUUUGAAAGUUCUGUUUAGAUCCCACCCGGCCUACGUGGAUCUAGUCGAACUCUUUGUCGAAACAAGCUGGCAUACAGAGAUUGGACAGCUCUGUGACCAAUUUGUUGGUGCUUCAAAUGAAAGUGCAAGGAGCCGAUUAGAUUCAUCGUCUUUGCCGCUGUACAACUACAUCGUCACCAACAAAACUGUCUACUACUCGUUUUAUCUCCCUGUUGCUGUUGCGCUUCAUUUUGUUGGAAAAGCAACUGAAAUAAAUCUUGAGCACGCAAGAAAGAUUACUCUGUCAAUUGGAGAGUAUUUCCAAGUCCAGAAUGAUUACUUGGAAUACUUUGGCUCGCCUGAGAAAAUGGGAAACCAAGGUGCAGAUAUCAGAAACCAUAAACAUUCCUGGCUCCUUUGUCAAGCUCUAGAGAGCGCAAGUCCACCCCAGAAAGAAAUUCUCGAGAGGAACUUUGGUUCUAAGGACCAAGCUAAGAGGACCGCUAUUAAAAAUCUCUUGGAAAGAUUCGGGCUCAACCAACGUUACUUCGAAUUUGAGGAGAAGCGGUCAGAAGAGGUCAGCCAGAUGAUUGCAGCAACUGAUGAAGGUGCUGGUCUCAAAAAAGAAGUAUUUUAUGCACUUUGGAACAAGGUACAUGACAAAGAUAUGUAG